AUGCGAUACCCGUACAGCGAAUGCAGAGAGUAUCCGGAACCGCGAAUCAUACAAGUAUCACGGCCAGACUCCUACGAUGAACAAAGUGUUCUCGAACCGUACAUCUACCAGCCACGAAGCCCGUCACCUGAGCGCCGCCGCUCUCAUUCACCUGCGUCGCCCAUCAUCCUCCAUGCUCAAGAACCUUCGGAAGAAGAUCUCAUCAAAAUAGUCCGCCAGAAUCCAGCCCGGGUCGUGGAGAGCGCCGAAGAGAUGACGCAUAGCGUCAGAAAAGCCCGCUUGAUCUUGUACCAUGCACAGAGAGCGAUCAGGCUCCGCGGUGACGAGAGGGAUGCAUACGACCGCGAGGUCGUCCGACUGGACAAAGCUUUGGGGAGAUUGGAGAGCCAUCUACGACGCCCGAGACCCGAGAUCCGGUACCCUUCGACGCGGGCGGUCCUGCUCCGUCUCGAUAUGGACUUCCGGGGCGACGUCAUUGAACCGUUGAAGGCGGCCUUGUAUGACCGGAGCCAGCCCGACUUCUCGGCCCUGAGACACACGGUCAACCAGAUGAGAUGCGCGUACAAGGAGAUUUGGAACUCGCUGGAGCGCAUGGCUUGUUAG